AUGUCUGAAAGCAGAAGCAGCAGUACGCAAGCAAUCUGCUUCUGCAAUAUUUGCUUCCUAAUUAUUUUCAUCAAUUUCUUCUCCCACUUUGCUCAUCCACUCUCCUUCAACAUAAAUCAGUUCGACCAGAGUGCAAAUGGAGUUGUCUUUGAAGGUGAUGCCCAGUUUUCAUCGGGAAGGAUUGAGCUCAACCCAGGCACUUAUUUCGAUGUUGGACAUGCUAUUUAUGCAGAGCCUUUGCACCUAUGGGACACUGCUACUGGAUCACUGGCAGACUUCACUACUCAUUUCACUUUCAUGGUCGACUAUGGUGAUGAAGGGUGGAAAUUCAGCGAUGGAAUUGCCUUUUACCUUGCUCCUGUUGGCUACGGUAUUCCACCCAACUCUGGCGGUGGUGAACUGGGAUUAUUCAACACCACCACCAAUUUUAAUGCCAAGAUUGUAACCGUAGAGUUCGACUCCUGGGGAAACGAAGACUGGGAUCCACAUCCACUCCGGCCCCAUAUUGGGAUCAACAUCAAUGAAAUCUCUUCAGUUCAAUACGCCGAUUGGAAUCCCAGUAACAUGACCGGGAAGAUUGGUAAUGCAUGGAUAACUUAUAACGCUACUGCCAACGACCUUACUGUGUUUUGGACAUUCGAGCAAAACACAAAUCCCGUUUUUCCAGGCAAAUCUACUUCUUCCAUUACUCACAAUGUUGACUUGCGAAAGGUUCUCCCUGAAAGGGUUACAAUUGGUUUUUCUGCUUCGGCCGGAUUAUACCUCGGGCGGCAUUUUUUAUGUUCAUGGGAGUUUAAUUCGACUUUGUUGGAUAGCGAUAUUAGUAGAGCCGAAAGCAAGGGAAAGAAGAAAAAGAUAUUCUUGAUACUGGACAUUGCCCUACCUGGCUUCAUUUUGAUGCUUGGUGCAGUCAUAUGUUGGUUGAUGGUAUUAUGGAAUCGGAGAAACAAUUACUCCGGCGAAGUCUCUGAUCUUGAGAAGCUAGCCUUUCCAAAACGAUUUGCUUACCAAGAAUUGUUUGUUGCCACCAACGGGUUUGCAGACGAUAGAAGGCUAGGCCAAGGAGGGUCGGGGCAUGUAUAUAAAGGACUCAUACAAGACCUUGGAGGCUGCAUAGUUGCCGUGAAGAGAAUCUUUGCAGAACCUGAUCAGCAUUAUGAGAGAGUCUUCAUCAAUGAAGUCAAAAUCAUAAGCCGCUUAAUCCAUCGAAACCUAGUGCAGUUCAUUGGGUGGUGUCAUGAGCAAGGUGAAUGCUUACUUGUUUAUGCAUAUAUGCGUAACAACAGCCUUGACACCCACAUAUUUGGCACCAGAACAACCCUGCAAUGGCAAAACAGGUACAAGAUAGCUUUGGGGUUGGCCUCAGCAAUUCACUAUCUACAUGAAGAAGCAGAGCAAUGUGUUCUUCAUAGGGAUAUCAAAUCAGCUAACGUACUGUUGGAUGAAGACUUCAGCACUAAGCUUGGUGAUUUUGGUAUUGCUAAGCUCGUGGAUUCCCGCUUCAGGUCUCAGACAAGAGAGGUGGCAGGGACUUUUGGAUACAUGGCCCCUGAAUAUGCUAUUGAUGGGAGGGCUAGUAAGGAAUCUGACAUUUUUAGUUUUGGAGUUGUAGCCUUGGAAAUUGCUUGCGGAAGGAAGACUUACCAAGACGGUGAAUAUCACUUGCCACUCUUUAGGUGGGUUUGGCAGUUGUUCCUUGCAGGAAAUAUUCUAGACGCAGCUGAUGAAAGAUUAGAAAUGAAUUAUGAUCGAAAUGAAAUGAAAUGCUUGUUGAUUGUUGGACUAUGGUGUACUCACCCCAAUAACAAGGAUAGACCCAAAGCAGGACAGGUGAUGGAGGUUAUUCAGCAUAAAGCACCAUUGCCGGAACUUCCAUAUGACAUGCAUAAUUAUCCAGAACUGCCUCAACCUCAAUACCAAUUUCAGACUGCAUCUUCUUCUAGCUAUAUAUAG